AUGGCUAGGGGACAGCGUGUUUCAAAAGAAACCAACCAUAAACUGAACUUAUCUGGUGCCCUCAACUGCCACCAAUGGAAAUUCUUGCCAAAAGGAGUUGAUGAUUUUCGAGAUGGCUUUCCUGCUUCCUCUGACACUUCAAAUGUUCUAUCCUCUGGUGCACAUCAUCCCAUCCUGCGGAAUGCAGUACACGACUCAAAGCCUUUUAAGAAGCCACAAAAGUUCACCAUAGAGCAGUCGUGUUACUCGAAACUCCUCCCACUGCAGCAGACACGCCGAGAAUACAUUGCUGAGAUAGAAUAUGGCCUUACACAACAUCCACUGGCACUUUACCCUCACUUAGAAGAAAGCAUAUCACCUGACCUGUUUGAAGACGUUGUGGAGAUUCUUGACCCUGAUAUGAGAUUAAAGAGUUCUGCAGGUUCUUAUGAAGUUAUCCCUGAGGAUCAGGAGGAAGACAUCAUCAUUCCAGCAAGAGAAGAGCAGGAAACACACAAUGUAAAAUCACGUGAAACCAGCACAAGGCUGUCAACUAUGAGUGACCAGUCCAGGCUCAAAAAUCCAUAUACUUGGAUAGUCAAGCAAGAGGAGACUGUAAAGGAGGAGAAAAGAUCUAAGAUUCCAAGGCCAUUGACACCAGUACCGGAUGAGAGUGUCAAGCAUGUGACUAAGGACUUCUGUGACUGGGUGACAUCUUUGGGUGGAGAAAGCUGCAGUGUCAAUGAAACCACCAUCUUCAGCCUGUUUGCCAGUGGAUAUGAUACUAAGCCUACCCUAAGCGUCCCGAUCCAUGUGGUAGAGUUGAACAACGUACCUGCAGAGUUGAGAAUGUCUGUCGGUGUCUCACCUCAACAAGAUAUUACAAAGACUUCAACCACAAGAAUAAGAUCAGUAUGUCAAAUGUGUGAGGGUACAUACAGCCCAACAUGGGUGAAAUCUAGAUACGGAGCUUGGUAUUUGGAUCCUCAAACAUGGAAGAAACAAAACGCCAAUGAGCCGUUAAAAGAUCCAACAAUGGAAAACGAGGAAAAGGGCAAUCAUUCAAAAAACAAGCUUAGCCAAAAGGACGAAGAAUUGUUGCAGCUUCAUGGAACCUCUGCCUUUAAAGAAUUUAUUGAGAGGAAAGGUUACAGAAGGCCAGAGUUUCUCAACAAAAUAUCAUAUACGAAAGAUGCUGUGUCUUCUGAAAGAGCAUCCAGGGACGCAUCUUCUGCAGGGAAAAUGUGGUACCGGUCUGGCUCAGCAUCCACCCACGAAGAAAGCAUAAUAAACUGAAUAUGUUCUUUCACUCACAUCUUCUGCCUUUGGUUUAAAUAUUAACUUGUUUUAGGGUUAUUGCACAACAUAAUCACUCUCAUAUUUACCUAUACUUAAAAGGUAUAAAGUACAAGGGCAAAUACAGUA